GCCUCUGUGUUGUGCGGUUGGGGUCUCCGCCGUGCUUCGGCUGUUUGUGACCCGAUAACCCGAUAACUGACAAUCCGACCCGAAACGCCCCAGGUUACCCCCUCUCUCUCAAGCUGAGCUCUUCACUCUGCUGCCACUCAGAUAUUUCAAGCCAAUAUUUGCUUUUCUGAUGAAAAUGUCUCUACCCAUGAAAGGUACUAUGAACAUAGAAAUGGUAAGUUUCAAGAAGGAUAAUUUCCCAAGCAGGGUCAUAACCUACUCAAUCUAAAUGCGGCCAAUCAUCCCCAAUAGUUGUUCAUCAGGGAAUGCACUCGUCUUACAUGUAUAAAGCAUGACUAUCAACUAGUUAUCUUACAAACAUAUGGAUAAUGCCCACACAGUUCAGUCAUAUCAACUCGGCGAUCAAACCACUAGCGACAUCACCGUACACCUAAGAAACCAACAUGGGAAGUCUCAGCAUGUCCUAUGUCACUCAUCCAUCCUGAAAACAAAGAGCAAGUUCUUUGCAAACCAGCUCUCCACUUUUCAAUCCAAUAAAUGCAUUGAGGUCUCUUGUCCUGCCUCAGAUUAUGAUCAUUACAUUAGGCUCUUAAAUCUUCUAUAUAUCUCUGAAGACACCCUUUUGGAUUCUCUAGAGUCCGUCAAAUCUACUCUCGGUCUUCUUCAAGCGUCUAUCUCUCUGUGUUGCAACUCAAUCACUAGCAUCUGCAUCCAAUAUCUUGAGGCCAUGCCUUGGGAGGAAAAAGAAGAGGAAACAAUACUAAAAAUUAUUCCAACUCUUGGCUCAGACGCUAGUCCGCUAGUAGCACGAUUUCACUCUGCAGAUAUAAAUGCCACAAAAAAUGUCUUUAUCUCUGCUAUUCAUUUUGCCACAAGCAUUGAGAAAUCCUUUCCUCCUUUAUCCGAUGAAAUAAAACUCUCUGCUCAAGAGCAAAUUGAUUAUAUGCUAGCAGAGGACAAAGAGACUCCUUGGGUUGUUAUUGAUGAAGAGGUGAGGUCUGAGGCAAGAGCAGGACUUGCCAAAAUUUUCUCUGCAUUCAAGAUAGAGCUCGAUUCCCUGACCUCUGAUUUCGAUCAGAGAGUUCUUCAGUGCGUAUCUGAUCUCGACUGGAUAUGCAAUGUCCUUUCAAAAAUGGAAUUAAUGACAGAUUUUGUAUCAGGAUUAGCUUGCAUCUCUGAUUAUGUACUUGAAAUAGUUCAAGAUGAGAAGUAUAAUUCUUGUUUGUGGUCUGUCAAACUAAAACUCGUAGAAUUAGUAGGUAAAGCUCUGGAGGCAAUCGGUUUUGGCAAUGUCGUUCUUCCAACUGCAUCAAGAAUCAAGUUUUUGAAAACAUGGCUUCCAUAUUUGAGGAUGAUGAAACCUGUACUUGAUUCAAAAUGUAAGGAAGACGAGGGAUUUAUGCACAAAAUGGAUGCUGAUCUCUGUCAGAAUAUUGAGGGGGCCAUUGUUUCGCUUGUGUUGGCAUUGCCAUCGAGCGAGCAAGCAGAUAUACUGAUGGAUUGGAUGAAGAGGACCGAGGAGCUAGGAUUUCCUGAUCUUACAGAAGCUUUUGAGAUUUGGUGUUAUCGGACGAAAGCUGCGAAGAGGAGGCUUGUGCUAGGGUUUAAUGAGAGUUUUAAAAAUGAGAUUUCAAACUAGAGCUUCUGUGGCGGCAUCUGUUGUAACAAAAUGAAACUUAUUUAUUGACAAUCUGUCCUUUAUUUAUAGAGUCUCUGCUCUUUU